AUGAAAUUUCUCAAACAAAAUCCUAUAUUUCUUUCUCAUCUCUUUCUUUCUGGUCUCCUCCCUCUUGGUCUGUCUCCUUCCUGGUCUCCUCCCUCUUGGUCUGUCUCCUUCCUGGUCUGGUCUCCUCAUUGGUCUGUCUCCUUCCUGGUCUGGUCUCCUCCCACUUGGUCUGUUCUCCUUCCUGGUCUGGUCUCCUCCCACUUGGUCUGUCUCCUUCUGGUCUGGUCUCCUCCCUCUUGGUCUGUCUCCUUCCUGGUCUGGUCUCCUCCCUCUUGGUCUGUCUCCUUCCUGGUCUGGUCUCCUCCCUCUUGGUCUGUCUCCUUCCUGGUCUGGUCUCCUCCCUCUUGGUCUGUCUCCUUCCUGGUCUGGUCUCCUCCCUCUUGGUCUGUCUCCUUCCUGGUCUGGUCCCCUCCCUCUUGGUCUGUCUCUCCUUCCUGGUCUGGUCCCCUCCCUCUUGGUUCUCCUUCCUGGUCUGGUCCCCUCCCUCUUGGUCUGUCUCCUUCUUGGUCUGGUCUCCUCCCUCUUGGUCUGGUCUCCUCCCUCUUGGUCUGGCCUCCUUCCUGUCUGGUCUCCUCCCUCUUGGUCUGGUCUCCUCCCCUUCUUGGUCUCCUCCCCUUGGUCUGUCUCCUUCUGGUCUGGUCUCCUCCCUCUUGGUCUGGUCUCCUCCCUCUUGGUCUGGUCUCCUCCCUCUUGGUCUGGUCUCCUCCCCUCUUGGUCUGGUCUCCUUCCUCUGGUUGGUCUGUUCUCCUUCCUGGUCUGGUCUCCUCCUCUUGUCUGUCUCCUUCCUGGUCUGGUCUCCUCCCUCUUGGUCUGUCUCCUUCCUGGUCUGGUCUCCUCCCUCUUGGUCUGUCUCCUUCCUGGUCUGGUCUCCUCCCUCUUGGUCUCUUCCCCCCACCUCUUUCCUCCCAAUUUCUGAUUUAUAAACAAAUUUCUAUCCAUUAA